AUGGAUGCUUCACGGACAAUGAAGUCUAGAGUUUGCAGUGACUUCAAAAUGCGGGGUCUUAUUCUCCGACCUGAAGCCACCAAGUACUUGGUAGAGGUUCUGGACUCUGUGAGGCCCUCGGAGCUGGAUGACAUCAUUGAAAGAGUCCUGGAUGCUGUGGAGAAGCAACCCUUGUCUUCGAGCACGAUCGAGCUGUCAGUGGUGGAAAAUGCCGUGCAAGACUGCUCACAAUCUUGUGACGAUGCCACAAGUAACAUUUUCAAUGUCAUCGGAGCCUUCGACGUGCCCAGAUACAUUUACAAUGCGGAGAGAAAGAAGUUUGUCCCCAUCAACAUGACCAACCAUCCAACUCCGGGAUUGUGCGGCGUCGCCCGAGACAAGGCAGAACUUUUUCGGGAACGCUACACAAUCUUACAACAGCGCACAAGUCGACACGAGCUGUUCACCCCGCCUGUCAUUGGAGCUACCGUAGUGCCAAAUCAAAACAAAUUUCAGCUGAAGACCAUCGAAGCUUUGCUCGGCAGCACCACCAAACUGGGUGGUGUUAUUGUACUUGGCAUGAUCACACAGCUAAAAGAGGGUAAAUUCUACCUGGAGGAUCCAACGGGAACAGUAGAGCUCAAUAUGUCCAAGGCACAGUUCCAUAAUGGCCUUUACACCGAAUGCAGUUUUGUACUGGCUGAGGGCUGCUACGAGGACUCUGUGCUCCACGUCAACGGUUUUGGCACUCCACCCAUAGAGCCUUCGUCAGCGACCAGGGCGUACUUUGGCAACGUCAACUUCUUCGGCGGUCCGUCCACGACGUCGGUAAAGGCCUCGGCCAAGCUCAAGCAACUGGAGGAGGAGAACGAAGACGCCAUGUUCGUCGUACUUUCCGACGUGUGGUUGGACAGCGUGGAAGUCAUGGACAAGCUCAACCUCAUGUUUUCAGGGUAUGAUGCAAUGCCACCCACGUGUUUCAUCUUUUGUGGAAACUUCUCCUCUGUCCCGUACGGAAAAAGUCAAAUCAAAUCUCUCAAAGAGUCGCUGAAAUUGUUGGCUGACAGCAUAUGCGCACAUCCGAAUAUACACAACAAUAGUCGUUUUGUGUUUGUUCCCGGCCCUGAAGAUCCAGGCCCGGGUACCAUCCUGCCACGACCACCGCUGGCAGAUCACAUCACCGAGGAAUUCCGCCAAAGGGUUCCUUUCUCCGUGUUCACCACCAACCCAUGCAGAAUCCAAUACUGCAGCCAAGAACUGAUGAUCAUCCGUGAGGACCUUGUCAACAAAAUGUGCAGAAAUUGUGUUGGCUUGCCUAACGCCAACCUUGACAUCCCCAACCACUUCGUCCGGACCGUCUUGUCUCAAGCUCACCUGGCGCCGCUGCCUCUGUACGUCGCUCCCAUAUUUUGGGCGUACGACUACGCCCUGCGCGUGUACCCCGUCCCCGACGUCAUCGUCUUUGCGGACAAGUAUGACCCCUUCAGCGUCACGCAUGUGGAUUGUCUUUGCGUCAACCCGGGCUCAUUCCCAAGAAGCGGUUUUACAUUUAAAGUGUAUUAUCCAUCCAGCAAAACUAUUGAGGACAGCAAACUUCAAGAACUUUAA